AUGGGCCCGUGGAAUAUCAAAGGGGCUCUUUUGGUUGUCAAGCCAUGGCCUCCAGAACUAUCUAUUGAAGAAGUUAACUUUUCAACCUGUGUUUUUUGGGUGCAAGUCCAUGGCCUACCCCUACAAAACUUAACUGCUGUUAAUGCUAUCAAAAUUGGCAAGUUUAUUGGAGAUGUCAAAAAUGUUGAGAACGGUGAUAAUUCAGGGAUUAUUGCUUUUCAUCAUCUCCGUAUUAUGAUUGAGGUUAAUGUUGUGCAACCUUUGAUUCCGGGCUUCUUUCUACCGCGUGAAGGUUUAGCUCCCAUUUGGAUUAAAUUCCAAUAUGAGCGUUUGGCUGACUACUGUGUUCUCUGUGGUUUAAUUGGACAUCGGAGAAAUUUCUGCCCAAGACCAGGUCCUCCAGAUUAA